AUGCCUUCUCUCAAGCCUCGCUGCACCUUCAAGGAGUGCAGGUCGGCCGCCAAGCCGAUGAUGGGAGACUGCGGCUUCUGCGACGGCCACUACUGCGCAAAGCACCGCCUGCUGGAGGACCACAAGUGCACCGGUCUGGAAGACGUAAGCAGCACACCACCCCAAGCCCCAGUACAUUCACCUUCACCCGCAGCCCGGGAGACCAGCGACGAUGCUGUCACCACGCAGUGGUGGCUCGUCGGUCUGGCCGAGGUGAUCGGCGAGUGCGGUUUGGAUACAGAUGCUGCUCUCUGCAAGAAGGAGUCGCAUGAGCGCAACGCCGCGCAGCUCGAGUCCGAACGCACGCAGGUCAUCCGGGGCGUAUAG